AUGAGUUCAGCAAACUUGACACGCUCGCUUUAUCGUAAAGCUCUACGGAUUAUAGCAACAGUUGUGCGUGCUAAUGCAACAAAGGUGGCAGCUGCACGUUGGGCAGAAUUUAUUCCGUCUUGUGUGAAUGUUGACCAUGGCGAUGAUCUUGCAGUGAUUGCACGAAAGUGCUUCGUGACGUCAGCGAAUUCUCCAGCUGUGAUUACCAAUGCUUUCAUUUUUUUGAAAGAAGCCUCUGAGUCUGUCUUUUCAAUCGAGGUGCGCGCGUUAUGGGAGAAGAUUUUGUAUUCAGAGGACUGUGAUUUAGUGUCUGCAAUAGGCCUAAUAAGCGCUUCCUUUGAAAUGGUCGGCACUGACCUCGCAUUAACGGCCUCCGUUGAGACACGCUCAAAGGAGUUUUCGACUUUGAUUGAGCAGCUUAUUCAUAAAAUAACCAUAACUGUGAUGGAGGAGGUAGAUCUCAAGCGCAAUUUUAGAGGUACGCGAAAAAUAUUAGAGCAGGUGCACAAAAUCAUAGUGAAGGAGACCAAUAUUUGCCGAAGCGACGCAGAAGCAAAGGACUAUACCGCUCUUUCGCUUGUAAAUCAGUCAAGGUGCUCUGAAUACAUACUGAAUGUUGUUCUUUUUACCGUCUUGAGAAAUAUGGGGUUUGCAUGCUUUCUUGUGGGCAGUGGCUUGCAUUUUCGCUGGAUUCGUGUGGACCUUUUCGACAAAGGUCGCAACCGUAGUCGUGUCGCUAAAGUUUUGUUUGUUUCUUGGUCCUAUGGGGUGAAGAAACAAAAGGAAGUAGAGGCCCUGAUUGGUAUCACCAACACCCAGUGGUUUAGACGUGUUCCCUGGGAUGGUGAAGCUAGGAAGCAUGUGCUUUGCGAGCUGUUGAGGAAACAAUUGUCCUCUGCCUGUGGGGACACCUCAGACUCCGCCACCGAGAACGCAAGGCGGUCCAUCUGCAAGGAGCAGAUAUUGAUUUUGCUCAUGUGAACGUAUGGAGCAUAUAAAGAGAAGUAGCUACUUUCAUGGAUACAAAUCAGCGUCGUUCA